UCUCGAAGCCGACACUAACCGGCCAGGUUCCGGGAGGCGCUGUGCAGGAUGCAGCCACCCCCGCCCGUCCCUCCCCUCCCCCACGCCCGCGGCGGCGGCGGCGGCGGAGGCGGAGGCGGCAGCGGCUGGAGCCCGGAUGCGGCGCCGGGAGACAGGCCCGGGAGAGCCGCGCGGAUGGAUCCAACAUGGCGGCGCCGAACCUGAGCCGAGAGCUUUGAAACUUGUGCUAGGAAGAGACCUGGGAAAUUAAAUUUCUUGCAAAGGACACUGGAGAUUGCAGCUGCUGAGCAGGGGUUCUGGAAGGCACUCUGUCCCUGAGCCUCUAGCAUGGCGGGCCUGAAGCGGCGGGCAAGCCAGGUGUGGCCUGAAGAGCAUGGUGAGCAGGAACAUGGGCUCUACAGCCUCCACCGUAUGUUUGACAUCGUGGGCACCCACCUAACGCAUAGAGAUGUUCGUGUGCUUUCUUUUCUCUUCGUUGAUGUUAUUGACGACCAUGAGCGUGGACUCAUUCGAAAUGGCCGUGACUUCUUACUGGCACUGGAGCGCCAGGGCCGCUGUGAUGAGAGUAACUUUCGCCAGGUGCUGCAGCUGCUGCGCAUCAUCACUCGCCAUGACUUGCUGCCCUACGUUACUCUCAAGAAGAGACGGGCUGUGUGCCCUGACCUUGUAGACAAGUAUCUGGAGGAAACAUCAAUUCGCUAUGUGACCCCCAGAGCCCUCAGUGAUCCAGAACCGAGGCCUCCCCAGCCCUCUAAAACAGUGCCUCCCCACUAUCCUGUGGUGUGCUGCCCCACUUCAGGUUCUCAGAUGUGUAGUAAGCGACCAGCCCGAGGGAGAGCCACACUUGGGAACCAGCGAAAACGCCGGAAGUCGGUGACACCAGAUCCCAAGGAAAAGCAGACCUGUGACAUCAGGCUUCGAGUCCGGGCGGAAUACUGCCAGCAUGAGACUGCUCUGCAAGGCAACGUCUUCUCCAAUAAGCAGGACCCACUUGAGCGCCAGUUUGAGCGCUUUAACCAGGCCAACACUAUCCUCAAGUCCCGGGACCUGGGCUCCAUCAUCUGUGACAUCAAGUUCUCUGAGCUCACCUACCUCGACGCAUUCUGGCGCGACUACAUCAAUGGCUCCUUAUUAGAAGCACUGAAAGGUGUCUUCAUCACAGACUCUCUCAAGCAAGCUGUGGGCCACGAAGCCAUCAAGCUGCUGGUGAACGUGGAUGAGGAGGACUAUGAGCUUGGCCGACAGAAACUCCUGAGGAACUUGAUGCUGCAAGCAUUGCCCUGACCUUUCCCCCUUCUCACCUCUGGGGAUUGUUUGCUCCGUCACGUCUGGAGCUUACAUACUAUUCUGGGGUUUGUUCUCUGCCCUUCAGCCAAUCACACCGCCUUUUUUUUUUUUUUUUUAAAGGAAAAGACAAAGGAAAGUGGAAGUGGUGUUCCCUACCCCUCCCUGCACCCAUGUGCCUGGGCUUCCCCUCUGUUUCCUGUUGCCACUUACCCCGUAAUGUGUGUCUACAGCCACCUUACCACUGAGCCGUAAGACAAGUGUAUAGGGAUGGAGUCUAUGGAACAUAGCCUGUGUAAGGGACUGAACGUUGCUUUCAGGUGCAUUGAGGGGUAAUCGAUACUUAUGGCUUUAUGAGGGCUCUUAGAUUUGUCUGAAAACCAAAGGGCUGUGAGUAAAGGAGCUGUGGAAGGUGGGACUCGGAAGUGUAUUUUGGAAAUUAAUUACCACCUUCUUCCAAAUUAUAGAAUUUUUUAAAAACAAAGAAGCUGUGGCCCUUUCCACUCUCUCCUGGCCUCUGGUGCUGCUCCUCUCUGCCUUUCCUUCAUUCCAUGGCUUGAAACUGCUGCCUCGUGUGGCUCCCUCCCUUUCCCCUUUGUCAGAUCCUCUCCAACAGUUAGAUGACUGGGGCAGCCUCAUAACCCCUCCCAGCUGUGAUGUAUGUGUGACACCAAUACACAGGAUGGACGGACGACAGGGUGCUGGUUAAAGUUUCUCUGAAAAGGAAGGGGUGUGUGGCAUGUCCCUUCCAUUUCUAGUAAAAAUAACAAAUGAACUCUUCCCUCAUCCUGAGCCCCUUUGCCCUUGCUUCCUUCUGGCUUGAGAGAAAGUGAGUAUUCAGUAUCAACUUCGGCUCCUGCCCUCUACCUUUCCUCCUGGAGAAUGGGGCUAGGACAUGCACUGAGCCUUGUUGCACUUUCUUAGGUAGGGAGGCAUGUUUGAGCCAGGAGGCCUACAAGUGGAGCGUAUUCGAGCAGGUACCACAGCAACUCCCCUUCCAGCCCU